ACCGUACUUAAUCAUGAAGCAUUGCGUCAAUUCUAGGUCACAAUCGUCCAUCCUUUCUGCUCAUUCGGUCCCAGUUUCACGAUAGAGCAGCUUUACCCUAGACCUCUACAUCCUCAACUUUCUCCGUUUUCCUAUUCCUCAUUGCUCUCCCGUCUUCCCUUCCAGAUUUAUCAUUUCCAAUAGCUCCGAGCUUUUGCAAGGCUAUGCGUUCACUCCUCCUUCUCGCGGCAUUUGCAGUCUCCGGAGCACUCGGUGUAGACACUCUUGUUGAUCUCGGGUAUUCCAAAUAUAAGGGUGAAGAGCAAGACGAUGGCAUCACACACUGGCUCGGCCUGCGCUUCGCCGAUCAGGUGACUGGUGCGAACGGCCUUCGGUUCGCCGCUCCUCAAGACCCUCCUUCUACUCACGGCAUCGUCGAUGCUACUAAGUACGGACCCGUCUGUCUCGGCACGUCAUUCAAUCUGACGGACAAAAACGCUGAUAAAGAGUCUGAAGACUGUCUCUUUGCGAACGUAUUCGCACCCACCAACGCAUCGAGUUCAGACCUCUUACCUGUGUACGUCUUCAUUCAAGGAGGCGGAUUCAACGCAAACGCCAAUUCGAAUUACAAUGGGUCUGAACUUAUCCGAGCGGCAGACAUGGGCAUGGUAUUCGUCAAUUUCAACUACCGCGUCGGUCCAUAUGGAUUUCUUGCAAGCCAGGAGAUUGCCGGAAACAAAUCUCUUAGUCUCAAUAACGGGCUGAAAGACCAAAGGCAGUUGUUGAAGUGGGUCAAAGACCAUAUUAGUAAGUUCGGGGGAGAUCCCAACCACGUCGUUCUUGGAGGAGCUAGUGCUGGAGCAGGUUCGGUCGUUCUUCAGCUCACUGCAUAUGGAGGACGUGACGACAAUCUAUUCCAUGCUACAGCAAGUGAAUCGCAAUCGUUUCCGGCACUGAGGGAUGUAAACGACAGCGAGUUCAUGUACAAAGAGCUCCUCAAGCAAGCUCAUUGCAAAGAUCUUGCCUGCCUUCUGACUUUGGACGCCCCGGCGUUCCAGCAGGCGGUCAAAAAGGUCAAAAUAGAAUUUCCUGGUGGCCGUCAACCUCCCAUCUACUUCUGGGGACCCACUCUCGACUACGAUUUCGUCAAGGACUACACCUACAACGAGGUUGCGAACGGCCAUUUCGUCAGGCUGCCCACCAUUUUCGGCGACGACACGAACGACGGGCUCAGCUUUACCCCUAACACGAUAACCUCUCAAAAAGCUUCCGAUGAUUUCGUCAGAUCUCAGUUCCCGUCCUUGACGAAUAAAGACCUCGACAAGCUGCGCACAGUAUUCACUGGAACAAAUGGGUGGAGGGACCAGGCAGCUGAUCUGUACGGGCACAUUCGUUAUAUAUGUCCUGGACUCAACAUCACUAGUGCAUACGCGAAAGCCAACCAAACUGCCUGGAACUAUCGCUGGAAUGUUGGUGCUGCGGGGCAUGUAUCCGAGAUAGGCCCUCUUCUCUGGGGCGAUCAGACAGUAAUUGGAAAGACAGAGCCUGGACAGUAUAUUCACCAAUACUGGGCUAGCUUCAUCCGCACGUACAACCCAAACCACUACUCCGGAUACAUAUUCAAGAAUCAGAAGAAGCAGACCUUCACAUGGGAACAAUCGAAGGGUGCCUACGGGCAAAGAAUCCUGUUCGAUGAUGCAGAGGUUAAGAUGGAGGAUGUGCCGGAAAUUGAAAAGCAGAAGUGUGCCAUGAUCGACUCCCUUGGCAUAACUCUGGUGCAGUAAGUCAUCUCUUUUCCAUUCUCUUCUUCCUUUCUCCUUUAUCUAUUCUGGCCAUUUCCCUUUGUUCACCCUCACACCUUCCGCAAUUACCCAUUCGAAUAUCCUAUCUAUCUCUGCCAAU